AUGUCCAACCCUUUAAUCCAGCCUAAGCGUCGCUUUGCCAGAAACGCGGACCCUUUAAGAAGACCGUCGCGUCCGUUAAUCAAAAAGCCCGGUACCGGUAAACCUAUAGUGACGAAGACAAAACCGCUACUUAAUUCACAACCAUCCACCAGCGUUUUAGCAUCUGCGAUUGCUGCCGAACCUGAUUCUUCAAAAUCUAGUGACAAAACACAAUAUCGCGAAUAUAAUCUCAACGCGUGCAACGAAGAUGAUAUCAAAGAUCUUCGGUAUCACCUCAUGAGGUUCCAUUCUAAAAGUGAGGUAGAUCCAGUUGGCACUUUUACGAAACCUAUUCGAUUACACAGGAAAGAUCCCAGAAAUAUGCAGAACCAACUUACUUUGGCAGAGCUUGAAGAGCGCAAUAAGAGAUUAGGUAUUACAACACCGAUUCCUAAACAUUUACUAGCCGAACCAACCGCAACUGAAGAAAAGGUAACUGGAGAAGAACCGGUUAAAACAGAAAAUGAGGAAUCUAAAACAAGUGAUACAGCAAAUGGAAAAGAUGACGCAAAACAAAAGGGAAAAACUCCUUCAGAAGAAGCCGAUAUGUCUCUUAUUGCACCAGAUGGAGGUGCUCGUCGUGGUAAAUCGCAUCUUUUUCAAAAGAAAACUAAACAAGUCGUUCUUGGUGAUACCAAUGCUCGUAAACUUCGUUAUGAAGAGUAUUAUCCUUGGAUUUUAGAAGAUUUUGACGGCAAGAAUACAUGGGUUGGUAACUAUGAAGCAGGACAGACAGACGCUUAUGUGCUUUUUGUUUUUGAUAACGAUGGGUUUAAAAUGGUGCCAGCUGAAAAAUGGUAUAAGAUGACACCUAGAAACAAAUAUGCUACAUUGACUUCUGAAGAGGCCGAAAAGCAAAUGGAAAAAGGUGAACUGCCAAAUCGCUGGGUAAUGAAAUACUUUGGGAACGAAGAGGACUCGGCCAAUAAGCGUCCUACUAAUAUGCGCCGAAGAUUUAGAACUACAGAUUCCUCCACAGUUGAUGAGAUGAGAAGAGACGAUGACGGGAAUGAUAUCGAUUUUGAUGAGGAAUUUGCAGAUGAUGAAGAGGCUCCAAUAAUGGAAGGCAAUGAGGACGAGGUUAAAGAAGUCGAAAACAAAAUCAAAAAAGAGCACCAAAGUGCAAAGAUUUCGGCUCUUUUCAACGAAAAUGAAAAUGAAGAAGAAGAAGAAGAAGAAGACAGAAAGGUUGACAAACAAGGCAAACAUAUGAUUAAGUACCUGAGAUCGCGCGAAAAGAACAUCAAUUAUGAAACUGAUGAUGAUUCUAAUCCAUACGCUACAGAGGAGAGCAGUGAUGAAGAAGAAGAAAUUGACAACCCAGCUUCUCUUGGUGGUGCACUCAAGGGUGCUAAUGGCACAGAGGUAAAGAAAGAACCUGGAACCGAAGCCGCACAGACUGAAGGUGUGACGGUAAAAACAGAAGAAGGUACUGAGGGAACUCCUGCAGCUCUUGCUAAUGGUGAAGAAAAGCCUAAAAAGAAACUCAAAGACAAAAAACUUAAGGAAAAGAAGAAGAAGAAAAAUUCAAAGAAGCACCAUGAUCUUCCUCAUGGAAUGGUCAUCUUGAAUUUACCUGCUGCCAAACUGGCACAAUUCCAGCCUGAUCUCUGGAACCCUGGCCUCAAGCGCCGUCGUGCCGAAUUAUCGGAUGAUGAAGAACACGGCCUCAAGCAUAAAACAAAGAAACUUAAAGUCAAGGACAAAUCGAAUGCUGGGGGUGCAAAUAAAGGUUCUGGCACUGCUGUACAGACUUCUGUGAAAUCUGCUAACCCUUCAGUUAAUAUAUCGACUGCUGCUACUGCAGCAGCUUCUAAUGGUGCUGCUGCAAAUCCUUCAGCAGCCAAUGGCCAGCCCACUUCAUCUGGCAACAAACCAUCUACUUCUCUUGCUGUUUCAACUCCUGCCGAAGGCUCUUCAUCAAAUUCUAGCUCAGGCUCCAGUGCUGUAUCUAACGGUGCGGAUUUGAUUACAGAGGAGGAAGUUAAACAAGUGGUUCGUAGCCAGAGACUAAACGCCAAAGAGAUUUUGGCUGUUUUCAAAAAUAGACUCAAAAGACAUCCUGAAAACCUCAAACUGCUUAAGUUACAUCUUAAGCGUCUUGUCAGAUUACACGAGGGAUAUUUAGUUCUCCGUGAUAAUAUUUAA